CAUCACUCACUCGUUGCCUGCAGCCGCCCGCAAAACGGCGCGACGCGCUGAAACACGGUUCCUGGCCCGGGUCAGGUCAGACUCAACUUGGCACGCAUGUAAAUGAAGCGAGAAGUUGAUCCUGCCCCUCCUGUGUGUGUCAAUUAAUUGUAUUGUAUCAUUACCUGCCCUCUCGUCGUGAGUGAGCGCACUCGACCCCGAGUCGCCGGCCAUGAAUUACGACUGGAUUCUCGACGGCGGCUACCUGCCACAUGCCGUCAUCCGCGUCGGCAUCCGGCGCCAGCUGCGGGAGCGGCUGACAUGCAUCGCCAGCACGUCUCUGGCCGACGCCGUCGCCAGCAAGAUGGCCUACAUCGAGCGGCUGCGCACGCAACCCAUGGCCGUGGAGACGGAUGCGGCCAACGCCCAGCACUACGAGGUCGGCACCGGCGUGCUGGCGGCGUGUCUCGGCCCGCGCAUGAAGUACUCGUGCUGCCUGUACCCCAAAGGCGGCGAGACGCUUGCCCAGGCCGAGGUGGCCAUGCUCCAGUCGUACCUCGACAAGGCGGAGCUCAAGGACGGCAUGAGCAUUCUAGACCUUGGCUGCGGCUGGGGCUCCGGCACCCUCUUCUUCGCAGAGAUGCUCCCCAACUCCUCCAUCACCGCCUUCUCCAACUCGCGAACGCAAAAGGAACAUAUAGAUGCCGAGGCUCGUCGUCGUGGCCUCUCCAACGUAAACGUCAUUACAGGCAAUGUCGUUGACUAUGAGUUUGAGCCCGGCAGUUUCGACCGCGUGGUGUCGAUAGAGCUCUUUGAGCACAUGAAGAAUUACGAGCUGCUCAUGGCCAAGGUGUCGCGUGCCCUCAACCGUGGAGGCAAGCUCUUCGUGCAUAUCUUUGCCCAUAAGUCGACCCCCUACGACUACGAAGAGGGCUGGAUGACGACGCACUUCUUCACGGGCGGCACCAUGCCCUCGGCCGACCUGCUUCUCUAUUUCCAGAGACAUCUAAAGAUCCAGAAGCAAUGGUGGGUCAACGGGACACACUAUUCACGAACCUGCGAGGAUUGGCUCUCAUCCAUGAUGGCCAAGAAGAGAAACAUGUGGCCGCACCUAGUAGAUACGUACGGGGACGAGGGUGCCGCGACGUGGUACAAUCGCUGGCAAAUCUUCUACAUGGCCUGCUCGGAGCUGUUUGCAUACGACGGAGGCGACACCUGGGGGGUGGCGCAUUACCUAUUUGAGAAAGAGACGGCAAAAGAAGCUAUGGGGUCGUAGUGUGGGCGUGGCAUGAUAGACAGUUGAUAGCUUUUCUUGUUUGUACAUGGG